AUGGACGGAGUUGGCCCUACCUGGCAACAACUGCAUCGAUUCCCAUCCCUGCUGUCAUCGCCGGUGCCAGUGAGGGAUCACCUCCUAAUGCCCUCCCUCCCUCCCCUCCCCUCCCUCCCUCCCUCCCUCCCUCCCUCCCUCCCCUCCCUCCCUCCCUCCCUCCCUCCCUCCCUCCCUGCCCUCCCCUACCUCCCUCCCUCCCUCCCUCCCUCCCUCCCUCCCUCCCUCCCUCCCGCCCUUCCUGUCUCCUCCUUCAAACCGUACCUGGCAACAACUGCAUCGAUUCCCAUCCCUGCUGCCAUCGCCGCCAUUGAAGGAGCACCUCCCAAUGCCCAUGCUCGCCAGGCAACCCUCCUUUCCUUUCGUCCCUACCAUCCCUCCCUCUCUUUCUUCAAGCCCUACCUGGCAGCAACUGCAUCGAUUCCCAUCCCUGCUGCCAUCGCCGCCAAUGAAGGAGCACCUCCCAAUGCCCAUGCUCGCCAGGCAACCCUCCUUUCCUUUCGUCCCUACCAUCCCUCCCUCUCUUUCUUCAAGCCCUACCUGGCAGCAACUGCAUCGAUUCCCAUCCCUGCUGCCAUCGCCGCCAUUGAAGGAGCACCUCCCAAUGCCCAUGCUCGCCAGGCAACCCUCCUUUCCUUUCGUCCCUACCAUCCCUCCCUCUCUUGCUUCAAGCCCUACCUGGCAGCAACUGCAUCGAUUCCCAUCCCUGCUGCCAUCGCCGCCAUUGAAGGAGCACCUCCCAAUGCCCAUGCUCGCCAGGCAACCCUCCUUUCCUUUCGUCCCUACCAUCCCUCCCUCUCUUUCUUCAAGCCCUACCUGGCAGCAACUGCAUCGAUUCCCAUCCCUGCUGCCAUCGCCGCCAUUGAAGGAGCACCUCCCAAUGCCCAUGCUCGCCAGGCAACCCUCCUUUCCUUUCGUCCCUACCAUCCCUCCCUCUCUUUCUUCAAGCCCUACCUGGCAGCAACUGCAUCGAUUCCCAUCCCUGCUGCCAUCGCCGCCAUUGAAGGAGAACCUCCCAAUGCCCAUGCUCGCCAGGCAACCCUCCUUUCCUUUCGUCCCUACCAUCCCUCCCUCUCUUUCUUCAAGCCCUACCUGGCAGCAACUGCAUCGAUUCCCAUCCCUGCUGCCAUCGCCGCCAUUGAAGGAGCACCUCCCAAUGCCCAUGCUCGCCAGGCAACCCUCCUUUCCUUUCGUCCCUACCAUCCCUCCCUCUCUUUCUUCAAGCCCUACCUGGCAGCAACUGCAUCGAUUCCCAUCCCUGCUGCCAUCGCCGCCAUUGAAGGAGCACCUCCCAAUGCCCAUGCUCGCCAGGCAACCCUCCUUUCCUUUCGUCCCUACCAUCCCUCCCUCUCUUUCUUCAAGCCCUACCUGGCAACAACUGCAUCGAUUCCCAUCCCUGCUGCCACCGCCGGUGCCAGUGAGGGAUCACCUCCUAACGCCCUCCCUCCCCUCCCCUCCCCUCCCCUCCCUCCCUCCCCUCCCUCCCUCCCCUCCCUCCCUCCCUCCCUCCCCUCCCUCCCUCCCUCCCUCCCCUCCCUCCCUCCCUCCCCUCCCUCCCUCCCUCCCUCCCUCCCUCCCUCCCUCCCUCCCUCCCUCCCUCCCUCCCUCCCUCCCUCCCUCCCUCCCUUCAACCCCUACCUGGCAACAACUGCAUCGAUCCCCAUCCCUGCUGUCAUCCCCGGCGCCAGUGAGGGAGCACCUCCCAACGCCCAUGCCUGCGGCGCAGUACCACUCCAGACGCUGUUUACGCCCCCAGGGUUACCACCCCUAACAGGGCUGGCAACACCAGGAGCCCAUGACUGA